UCCUAAAGUAUGGAGGAUGUACGGUACGAGCUGACCGUGAAGGCGGCGUGGUGCCAAGCGUAAUUGCUGGCCAAUAGAGACCACUCUCCAGGUGCGGCCACGGGCUACAGAGUGGCGUCACUGUCCGCGCGAACACAAUAGAACGACGGUAGAGAUUAUGGAAAGCAAGCAGAGCCAGGUGCUGAACCUUGAGCGGGUGCAGGCGCUGGAAACCUGGCUGAAAACAACCAACACAAAGCUGGCUCAAGUGAAUGGCCAGAGGAAGUAUGGCGGACCACCUGAGGUGUGGGACGGCCCCCCCCCAGGAUCCCGCUGUGAGGUGUUUAUCAGCCAGAUCCCGCGGGACACCUAUGAGGAUCUCUUGAUCCCCCUGUUCAGCUCUAUAGGACCCCUCUGGGAGUUCCGGCUCAUGAUGAACUUCAGCGGCCAGAACCGCGGCUUCGCCUACGGAAAAUAUGGCUUACCAGCUGUGGCCACCGAAGCCAUCCGCCUUCUGCACGGUCACAUGUUGGAGCCCGGCUUCCGCCUCAGUGUCCGCCGCAGUACAGAGAAGAGACACCUCUGUAUCGGAGACCUGCCAGGCGCCACCAGGCAAGAGGACCUACUGCAGGUGCUGUGUGUUCUGACGGAGGGGGUGGAGAGAAUGUCUCUGAAGGCGGGGCCUGGUAUAGAGGAGGUGUCUGCUAUUGUCGCCUUCUCAUCCCACCAUGCUGCUUCCAUGGCCAAGAAGGUGCUAGUGGAAGCAUUCAGAAAGCAGUUUGCGUUGAACAUCUCAAUUAAAUGGCAUUCGACCGUGAAGCUGAGCAUGGACGAUCUACCUCCUCCACACAAACCUUCAAAGACCCUCCUGCCAUCCCCCCUGAAGCCGCCGCGCCACAUCCUCAACUCUGCACAGCAUUCAGCCCUGCCUCCUCGUCUGGCCCGCCCUCCAUCCAUACCCCUUGGUUUCUGUAGAACAGUGGGAGGACCCACUGCACCCCCUCCCAGCUCCUCCUCCUUCUUCUUUUCCUUUCAGGGUCAUCUCGCGUCUACAGCAUCCUCAUCUUCCCCUGUGAUACUACUUCGUAAGCUGUGUGAGGGGACUGCUGUCGGCCAGCCGCUCUAUGAGAUGCACUACAGCCACGCUGGGCCUGAUGGAUUCCUCUACUUCACCUAUAAGGUGUGUAUCCCCGGGAUAACCUCAGCCUUCGAAGGGCUGGUCAUGAUCUUGCCGGGACCCACUGCCACCACCAUGCUGGAGGAAGCUCGGCGGGCUGCAGCCCAGCAGGUUCUGCAGAGGGUGUACACUAACCAGCUUGCCCACUGACAAGCCUCUCAGUAGAAUACAGUCCACCUCCAGUCCACUAUUUGUUUUGUCAAUGAUGUUAUAUCUAAAACAGAUGUUUAAUCUUCGAUGUAGUUUGUUGAUUUCUGCAUGUUUUUUUAUAGUAGACUUGUUUAACUUUCUGUGUUUUGUUUUAUGCAUGCUUUUUAUUGUGCGUUACUAUUUCAUUGGUUCCUCAUUUUAAUUAAAUGAGAUUUGAAA